AUGUGCAGACAUAAAAGUCAUCGAGGCAAGAAAACCAGCCGAUCAGUGCGAGUAGGGUCUCUCUUUGAGAGAUCAAAACUAAGCUUGUCAUCUUGGCUAAUAUUCAUUUACAGGUUCGCUCAGGGAUUGCGGAUCAGACAAAUUGAUAUGAUGCAAGAUGGCAUUGCAAAAAGUUCCAGAACGCUCUCUAAGAUGGCUCGUAUCAUGAGGAAAGUUUGCCACUGUGCCAUAAAACGAUUCAGAAGAAGACAUGGACAGAUGAUUGGAAGUGCUCGAGAAUUUGCCGUUCUUGAUGAAAGCAACUUCCGUCAUAAACGAAAGUAUGGAAGAGGGAGAGCAUCGACAACAUGGAGGCGAAAAAAAUGGGUGUUUGGCAUGCUAGGUGUGAGGGAUAAAUGCAGACACCCAAUCUUGCGGCUUGUGAAAAGAAGAUCAAGACCUCACCUCAUCCCCAUAGUUGUAAAACAUGUGCGUACAGGCACUAACAUUAUUUCAGAUGAGUGGAGAGCCUACCGGGGGGCUUUGGCCAAUAUGGGCUACAAACAUUUUACAGUGAACCAUUCCCAGUGGUUUGUAGACCCACACAGUGGAGCUCACUCACAACACAUUGAAAGAGCUUGGCUGACAUACAAAACAAGUGUAUGGAGACUAAGAGGGAAUAGGACAGAGAACAUGCUAAAAGAACACCUCUCUCUCAUAGAGUGGACUCAUUGGCUUGGUGAAAAAAAUAAACGGGGACCACUUGGGCGCCUAAUAAAAGACAUUCGCCAUCAAUUUCCUGUUUAG